AGUGAUGCCGGGCAUGGUACUGUUUCGGCGACGCUGGUCAGUCGGCAGUGAUGACCUGGUGUUACCCGCUUUCUUCCUGUUCAUACUACACUGCAUAUGGCUCGUGGUUCUGUCUGUGGUUCUCUUUGGGCUGCCGUACAGUUCAGGGCAAUCAUGCUCGGUCACGCUGGUGGAUCACGGUCGCGGUUACCUGGGCAUCCUGGUCAGCUGUCUGAUCUGUGAGAGUGCCAUCAUGUGGCUGAGCAUGAGAGGCAGCAUCCUGUAUACACAACCUAGAGAGGCAGUGCAGUACGUGCUCUAUAUACGGCUGGCCAUCCUGCUAGUGGAGCUGGUGUAUGCGGUGGUGGGCAUCGCCUGGUUGGUGCAGUACUACCAGCCCUGCUCCGACAUCACUGCCAAGAACCUCGCCCUGGGAAUUGUGGCGUGCAAUUGGUUGGUCAUCUUCAGUUUGUGUUUCACCAUGAUGUGUACCUUUGACCCCACCGGACGGACCUUUGUGAAGCUGAAAGCAACUCGCCGCCGUCAGCGUAACCUCACAACAUACACUCUCAGACACAGGCUAGAAGAAGGUCAAGCCAGCAGCUGGAGCAGGAGACUCAAGUUCUUCAUGUGCUGCACUCGAACAAAAGAUACACAAUCCGACGCUUACUCUGAGGUGGCCAGCUUGUUCGCCGAGUUUUUCCGGGAUCUGGAUAUCGUGCCGAGUGACAUCAUCGCUGGCUUGGUCCUGCUCCGACAGAGACAGCGGGCCAAGAGGGCAGCCAUCUUGGAUCAGGCAAACAAUGACGUUUUAGCCUUUCUGUCCGGGAUACCUGUAACUCGCAACACUAAAUACUUGGACCUCAAGAACUCGUCUGAGAUGGCCAUGUAUAAGGAGGUGUGUUACUACAUGCUGUUUGCCAUGGCGGCGUAUGGCUGGCCUGUAUAUCUUUUAAGAAAACCAGCGUGUGGACUCUGCAAACUUGUCAGCACUUGCUCCUGUAACUCUUCAGUUUCAGGUUCUCGUCUCUCUCAGUCCAUCACCGUUGAGGAGGAUAACUGCUGUGGCUGUAACGUUCUUGCCAUCCGACGUCAAUUUCUGGACCGAGACCUUAAAGAGGUCCAGAUUGUCUACACAUCCUGCCAUGAUGCGGUUUAUGAGACGCCCUUCUUUGUAGCAGUCGAUCAUGCAAAGAAAAAAGUCGUGAUCAGCAUCAGAGGGACUUUGUCCCCUAAGGACGCUUUAACGGAUCUUACGGGUGAUUCUGAGCGUUUGCCUGUAGAAGAGCAGCACGGCACAUGGCUCGGACACAAGGGAAUGGUUUAUUCGGCUGAAUACAUAAAGAAGAAACUAGAGCAAGAAAUGAUUCUCUCUCAAGCCUUUGGGAGAGAUCUGGGUAAAGGGACGAUGCACUACGGGCUGGUGAUUGUGGGCCACUCUCUUGGUGCGGGUACGGCUGCCAUCCUGUCCUUCCUCCUCCGGCCGCAGUAUCCUUCACUGCACUGCUAUUCCUACUCCCCUCCCGGCGGCCUGCUCAGUGAGGAUGCAAUGGAGUACUCGAAAGAGUUCGUCACCUCAGUCGUGUUGGGAAAAGAUCUGGUCCCCAGGAUUGGCCUCUCUCAGCUUGAGGGCUUCCGUCGCCACUUACUUGAAGUCCUACAGAAGAGUGAUAAACCAAAGUGGCGGAUUAUUGCUGGGGGUACAAAGUGCAUCCCUAAAUCAGAGCUACCCCUGGAUGAGGAAGCCCCUGUAUCUCAGGGCGUGACCCCCUCUAACUCCCGCCUGUGGCUGCACCCCAGUGACCUGAGCAUCGCCCUGUCAGCCUCCACGCCGCUCUAUCCACCGGGACGGGUCAUUCAUGUGGUGCACAACCACCCGCCUGAGAUCUGUUGUGGUCAGGAAGAGCCCACUUACUCCGCUCUGUGGGGGGAUAACAAGGCCUUUGAUGAGGUCAUCAUUUCUCCAGCCAUGCUGAAUGAACACAUGCCCCAUGUGGUGAUGGAUGGCGUCAACAAGGUUUUGGAAAACUAUAAUAAAGGGAAGACAGCUUUACUGUCUGCUGCUAAAAUAAUGGUUAGUCCUACAGAAGUGGACCUGAAUCCAGAAACGGUUUUCCUCGAUGCGUCUAGUUCACCGCAGCCCACGCCUGCCACACAUCACCGCAGAAACAGUAGUGUCCGUUCCUGUGCCCGCUCUGAGAUCUCGCUGGAUGGCUUCUCGGAGUGUCCGCCUCCUCCUGUCCCCGUGGUGCUCACCGGCGCUCGUGAGCGAUUGGCCGUGGAGCUGCGGGAGCGAAAAGCCCCCUUGGCCAUCAUGGAAAGUCUUUCUGACGCCGAAUCCGUCUACAGCUUGGACUCCCGACGAUCAUCUGCUGCCCUGAGAGGCUCGCCCUGUCUGGGGAGUCUACCUUUCCCUUUGGAUGCCCCCAUCCCAGAAGAGAAUCCGUCGCUGAGCUCUCGCACAGAGCUGCUGGCCGCAGACGGCUUGGACCUUGAAUUGGGGGAGGCUGGCCCAUACUGCCCUACUCCUCCAGAACUGGAAGUACCUUCCAAUGAUGCAAGACAUCUCAACACCCACAUCAGCGGGCACCUCUCUCCACUCUCCCUUGGACAAACUAUCGUAAAUCAGCCAGCCAGCCCGGGCAAGAAGUCCCGGUGGUCUUCAGGAACACCU